AUGGAUAUCACAGUCGACUGGUCCGAUCUUCCAGUCGAGCUCUGGCCACUGAUCGGAGAAAAGCUCGAACUGCGCAUCCAGUCUCUCCAAUUCCGCAGCGUUUGUCAUUCAUGGCAUUCUUGUGCCUCGCUUCCACCCUUCACUUCCUCCGAAAUUCCCUCUCCCAUUCUCCGAUGGACCCACCUCCUUCCUCUCCCAAAACACCGUCUACCUCCUACAGAGCCCCUUCACGUCAUCACUGGCACCACCGUCGUCUGGAGGUUGGUUGGUCAAGGGAAUUCGUAUUUUCUGAGAUACAUCCUUGGCUCUAGUUCUGUUUGUGGUUUAAAGAAAGUAAUUUUAAUGCCUGCUGAGAUUGUUGAUUGUGCUAUUCUGGUUAUCUCUGAUAAGGGAAAUUUGGGUUUUGCUAAAAGUGGAGAUGAGAAACUCACAUGGUUUAGUAAUGGAGGUUUUGUUUUUGAUGAUGUUAUUGUCUAUAAGGGUCAGCCAUAUGUGGUGGAUAGCUUGAGUUAUGUUUUUAAGAUUGAUGUGUCUUCAGAAGUGAUGGUGAAGAUUUCAUCAAAAGUGAUUGGUUUUGGUGGGAGGAAGCAUUUGGUAGAGUCUUGUGGAGAGCUUUAUGUGGUCGAUAUGUAUUUUGAUCAAGAACAAAAUAAGCAAGAAGGGGCUGGUGUUGAGUUAGAUUUUUCUUUAUUUGUCCGUUGGCGUCGUGGAAGACACCAAAGAUAUCAGUUUGGUGAACUCAAGGUAGUUGAUUUUAAGGCUUGCAAGUUGGAACUGUUGAAUGGAGAGUUGGGCAGAUGGGUUGAAGUGAAGUGCUUGGGUGAUCGAGCGUUUUUCUUGGCUAUGGAUUGUUGUUUCUCUGUUUGGCCCAAGAAUUGGCUGGGUGCAAAGGGAAUUGCAUUUACUUCUCAGAUGAAAACAAUGUUAAUCUUGCUCUUAGAGAAGUAA